AUGGUCUCCAUGUCUACGGAAUACUCCAAGGAGCAGGUGAUCGCUCUGGCGGUUGUAUUCAUGAUAUUUCCCAUGACAUUCUACGGACUCCGAGUAUGGGCAAGGCUACUGAUCAGCCGCUUUAUGUUGGAUGACUACCUCGCUGGAGGAGCACUCGUACCCUUUCGUGGGCACUUGGGUGCUCACCAGCCACUACUUCCCGAUGGAACAGCCGACAUGAACGAUCCGGGUCUAGUAUUCUUUGAAGAUGUUCGUUCAGCUCGAUUCCGUUGUUUAUCCUUCGUUUCAUCCCCUUUUCCUUUGCUCGCAUUGUCGAAUACAUUACCGACUUAUCGAUCCGCUGCGCAGUCUAAGUUUGCCAUGAAUAUGCUAUCGAUUCUCGGCCUCGGCCUGGUCAAGUCGUCCAUUCUUGUCCUUUACCNUAAACAGACGCUGCCGAACCCCUUUAACUUGCAGUCGGUGGCAAGGCAGACGCUGUACCUUUUGAUGAACAGCGUCCAACGAGACGCCAGCCGGGCUGGAUCGUUCAAGGGUCCCCCGUCAAAGGUAUUAACGGGUCUCCACAAUAAUCAUUGCACCUCUGUACCUUGGCCACCAACCGAUGCUCGUUCCAUCCCGACCUCAUACACUCUUUUCCACCCGCGCGAAAAUCCUGACUGCGCAAUGGCGGUCUUGAACCUGCAGCGCCUUCUGGCUGGCCUGCAGCUCAUCACAGUGGUAACAUCUGCGGCAGUUGAACUUGGUUAUCGCGCUGUCGCCACCGACUUGGAGCGCCUCGUCAUGUACUCCACCGUGGGCGUGUCUGUGCGCCAGCGAUGGAGUGAGUUCGACGCGCCCGUGCCGGUUGUUGUCGUCAACGCCACGUGCGAAAACGACAUCAAAGCGGUGGUCAAGUACUGCAGCAAGAACAAGGUCCCCUUGCUCCCUCAGAGCGGCGGCAAUGGCUGGGCUUCGCUCAACUUCAAGACCCCUGGCGUCAUCCUCAACCUCGCGGGCCUGAAUCAGGUCGUCGUCAGUGCAGACAAGCAGACUGCCCGCGUCGGCGGCGGCGCCAUCAUAUCCGAUGUGGUCGCCGCUGCUGAUGCGGCCGGGGUGCUCGUCCAGACUGGCAAUUGUAAUUGCGUCGGCGCACUCGGCGCCGGCCUCGGUGGCGGCUAUGGCAACCUCAUCGGCGAGCUGGGCAUGGCCGUCGACAACAUGCUGUCCCUCCGGGUGAUCACCGCCGCCGGGGAGGCGAUCAAUGUCAGCCCGUCUUCUAACCCGGAUCUUUGGUGGGCUAUGCGCGGCGCUGGCCCCAACUUCGGCAUCGUCACCCACGCCACCUACAAGGCCGUCCCCACCGCCAACCGCAACGCCUGGCUCAUGACUCUGACAUUUGAUGGUUCCAGGGUCGCCGAGAUUGCGCAGGCCGUGGAAGACCUACCCCUCCUGCCCAAGCAGGUCGUCUUCUUCAUUCUCUCCAACUCGGCCAUCAUGGUCACUGGCUUCCUCCGCGGUGGCAGCGAGGAGGCUGGCCGCAAGGCGUUUGCACCCCUCUAUGCCCUUUCCCCGCUCACCCAGAGCUCCCACGUCGCCCCGUACACCGCCUGGAACGCCCCCAACGACUUCUUCUGUGCCCGUGGCGACCGGAAGCCCGCCUUCACCACUGCCCUCCCCAACAUGAAGGCCUUGUCCUGGCCCGCCGUCUGGGACUUGUACGACAGCUUCCAGAAGCUGCCCGGUGCCCAGAACUCGGCUGUCCUUGUUGAGCGUUACAACCUUACCAAGGCUCAGUCCGUUGGUCGCACUGCUACCGCCGUUCAUGAUGAGCUGCGCUUUAACUCCUUCGGUCAGGCCGUUGUCAUUCCUUGGUACAAGGACGCAGCCCUCGAUGGCCAAGCCCUUGACUUUGCUUCCAAAGUGCGUGAUAUUUGGGGCAGUCCCGCCGGCGGCAAACACAACCCUGCUUACAUCAACUUUGCUCAUGGUGAUGAAGACCUGGCCGCCAUCUAUGGCUCCAGCCUACCCCGCCUCCAGGAGCUGAAGAAGCGUUGUGAUCCUAACAAUGUGUUUGGACAAUGGUUCAGCCUUGCAUGA